CUCCCAGGUCUGCCCACCGAGCUCCCUGACGUGAGAAGAGAUGGCCGGACGCACCAAGGUGGGGGCGGACAACCCCUCGACCACCGCUGUGGGGCCAUUGCUCAAGGUGGCCCUGAUCAAGACCCACACCCUGGACCACCAGAGGAGGAGGAAGGAGAGUGAGAGACUGCUGCGGACCCUCAAGCACCUGAUCAAGAAGGAGCGGAUCGGGGCGGGCCAGAAGUUAGGCCCGGCUGCCAGCCCUGGGCCGACAGGCCCGUUGACCCUCGACUGCCUGAACUUCACCCUCAGCCGGCCAUGUGACCCAGCCAAGCAGCUUGACCUCCAGGUGGUGGACGUCUCGGUCAACCUCGCCUCGUCGCCGGAGGCGAUGGAGGUGGAGCUGAGGGAGGCCGAGACUCUGAGGCAGGCUUCUCCGGCCUGCGAGGCCUCCUGCUCGCCUGAGGACGAGAUGAGCCUGGACCACCUGCUGGACGUCCUGACCCAGCUGCAGUACCACACCCACCAGGGCGAGGGGCUGUGCAUCUGCUGGCGCUUCCUGGUGGGCACCUGCCCCAGCGGAGACCGGUGCCCCCAGCACCACACCGCCCUGCCCUACCACUGGCAGCUGAGGCGGGUGGACAGCCGGAGGUGGGAGAGUGUGCAGGAGGAUGCUCAGGAAGCGCUGGAGCGCUUGUACUGUGACCCCGAGCGGGAGAAGGUCACCCUAAACUACAGGGGCAGCAGCUUCUCCGCCGACUUUGGUCAGAUGUCUAUCCAGGACGUCACCUUCGACAGGCUGAGACGGCUGAGCACUUCGGACACUGACCCCUGCAACACCUUCCGCACCGUCUGGAAACACUACUGGAGGGACGCGUUCGAGUGGAAGGAAUACACGGAGUCAGUCAACCAGGACUUCAACGAGGCCCUGCAGCGAGGCCUGGGUGUGAGAUACGUCAUGGUCAGCAAGAAUCAACAGUACAAGGUAGACCUCAACGCCGGGUACCAGCAGAACAUCGCCACAGGCACCAAGAGGCGGAUAUGCAAGCGGCCAUUAUUUCAGUCAAUUGUCACCCUUCUCCCACACCUCAAGACCCUCUCGGGAACUCCUGACCUGAACUCGACACCCAGUGGGACCUCUCCGACAGCGGCCCAGUCACCUGCCUCCAACAGCAACCAGGGUUACCCGGAGACCUGGAUCCCCAUGGACCCUAAUGUGGACUUUAUUAAAGUGCCCAUGGCCCUGGACGAUAAGGCCUACGGUGUGGUGUACCGGCUCUUCCACAAGACCAUGCCUGAGACCAAGUUUGUCAUCCUCAGCAUAUUACGGGUGCAGAACCAGUUCCUCUGGGACAAGUACACCAGGAAGAAGCUCUACAUGAACCGUAAGAUGUCGGACUAUGAGCGGGUGCUGAACGAGAAGCACCUCUUCCACGGGACCUCACCCCCUUCCAUCGACGGGAUCUGCAAGCACAACUUUGACCCCCGUGUGUCGGGGCGACACGCCACCCUGUACGGCCAGGGCAGUUACUUUGCUCGAAAGUCCAGCUACUCCCACAGGUACGCCCGGCGCUCGGAGGAAGGCAUCCAUUACAUGUUUCUGUCCAAGGUCCUCGUUGGCCGCCACACUGUUGGGAAACCCACCAUGAGGAGGCCACCAGCCAUCAUCCCCAACAACCCCAGCAGCGAUCUCUUCAACUCCUGUGUGGACAAUGUAGAGGACCCACAGAUCUUUGUCCUCUUUGAGAACGACCAGUGCUUUCCCUACUUUGUAGUCAAGUACAAGGAGGUAGAGGACACAGUGGCUGUGAGGUGAACAGGAUAGACAUUGGAUCAUCUUCCAGGCUACUCCGACAGCACCUCCCGGAACCCUAGCCUCUCCCACCAAGAAGGUCAAGGGCAACAGGGCGCAGGGGAACACCACCACCCAGAGCUACCCCUCUAAGUCCACCCGCCCGCCGCCGCCACCACCACAUCUUGGAAACAUAUCGCUGUCCUUCCAUCGUCGCCGGGGACUCCCUCCCCAACCUGUAGGGACUGCGGUGGUUCAAGAGGACGGCUCACCCUCCCUCCCCUCUUGCCUUCUCAAGCGGGGAGGGGCUACGGACAACGCGGGGCAAGAAAAGUUGGAAGAGCGACUGGCCGACUGUGAAACCGUUGUGUGAAGUGUCUGGAUGAGGGAGCGCGCGGACCGUAGUCAGACCUUUCUCCAUCUCACCAACGCUGCCUCCCUCUGCAUUUGUAGAUUUUCUUUAUAAAAUAAUCCCCCUUGUAUUUAAAAAAAAUCUAUUUCUUCUUUAAGUACUCCUAAUGAUCUUGAAGAUCGUGGAACUGAGGGCAAUUGGUACAGAAGAGGGGAUGAGGACUGAGGUAGAUCACCAUGGAAUGGCGGGGUAGGUUUGAGGGGCCGAGUGGCCUACUCCUAAUUUUGUGUGUUAGAACACAAUACAGGCCCUUCGGCCCACAAUGUUGUGCUGACCUUUAAACCUCGCCUAAGACUAUCUAACCCCUUCCUCCCACAUAUCCCUCUAUUCUAAAUUCCUCCAUAUGCUUAUCUAGAAAUCUCUUGAAUUUGACCAAUGGACCUGCCUCCACCACCACCCCAGGCAGCACAUUCCAUGCCCCAACCACUCUCUGGGUAAAAAACCUUCCUCUGAUAUCUCCCUUGAACUUCCCACCCAUUACCUUAAAGCCAUGCCCUCUUGUACUGAGCAUUGGUGCCCUGGGAAAGAGGCGCUGGCUGUCCACUCUAUCUAUUCCUCUUAAUAUUUUGUACACCUCUAUCAUGUCUCCUCUCAUCCUCCUCCUCUCCAAAGAGCUCCCUCCUCAUAAUCCAUACUCUCUAAACCAGGCAGCAUCCUGGUAAAUCUCCUCUGCGCCCUUUCCAACGCUUCCACAUCCUUCCUGUAAUGAGGCGACCAGAAUUAGUGUUCUUCGCGUUUAAUUUGCUAGCACCCCUUUACGAAGGAGAUGGAGUCAUACAGCAUGGAAACAGGCCCUUUGGCCCAACUGGUCCAUGUUGACCAAGAGGCCCCAUCCGUUUGCCUGCGUUUGGCCCAUGUCUCUCUAAACCUUUCCAAUCCAUGUACCUGUCAUUUAAACGUUAAUGUUCCUGCCUCAACCACUUUCUCUGGUAGCUCGUUCCACAUACGGACCACCCCCGGGUGAAAAAGUUGCCCCUCAGGUUCCUAUUAAAUCUCCCCCCCCCCUCACCUGAAACCUAUGCCCUCUAGUUCUUGAUUCCUUAACCCUGGGAGGAAAAGACAGUGGGCAUUCACCCUCUCUAUGCCCCUCAUGAUUUUAUACACCUCUAUAAGGUCACCCCUCAUUCUCCUGCACUCCAGUGAAAAAGUCCCAACCUGCUCAACCUCUCUCCAUAACUCAGUCCCUCGAGUCCCGGCAACAUCCUCGUAAAUCUCCUCUGCACUCUUUCCAGCCUAGUGGCAUCUUUCCUACAGCAGGGUGACCAAAACUCAACGCAAUAUUCCAAAUGCAGCCUCACCAACACCUUGUACAACUGCAACGUAACAUCCCAACUCCUGUACUCAGUGCCCUGACCGAUGAAGGCCAGCGUGCUGAACGCCUUCUUCACCGCCCUGUCUACCUGUGACGCCACUUUCAGGGAACCAUGUACCUGUACUCCUAGGUCCCUCUGUUGUACACUACUCCCCAGGGCCCGACUGUUCACUGUGAAAGUCCUACCCUCAUUUGUCUUCCGGAAAUACACCGCGCACUUUUUGGCAUUGGUUUAUUAUUGUCACUUGUACCGAGGUACAGUGAAAAACUUGUCUUGCAUACCGAUCGUACAGGUCAAUUCAUUACACAGUGCAGUUACAUUGAGUUAGUACAGAGUGCAUUGAUGUAGUACAGGUAAAAACAAUAACAGUACAGAGUAAAGUGUCACAGCUACAGAGAAAGUGCAGUGCAAUAAGGUGCAAGGUCACAACAAGGUAGAUCGUGAGGUCAGAGUCCAUCUCAUCGUAUAAGGGAACACUUAUCUGAAUUAAACUGCAUUUGCUACUCCUUGGCCCACUUACCCGCUGAUUAAGAUCCCUCAGAUAACCACCUUCACUGACAACGUGGUCUGUAUGUGACUCCAGACCCCGAACAAGAUGGGGCAAUGGCCCAGAAGGUCGAAGGGCAGUUCGGGAUGGGUGGUCAAUUAUGCCUUGACUCGGGACAGCCCCAACUCAAGAGUCUCUGCCUCCACCACCCCCUCAGGCAGUGUGUUCCAGAUUCCAACCCCUCAGAUCCCCUCUGAACCUCUCGCCCCUUCCCCCGUGCCCUCUGGU